GCUUGCCCGUUGAUGCAUUCGUUUGGCGACGAGCACUUGGGAAAUUUCUGUGGUUGUUAGCGAGAGCUCCAUUACUUGCUUUAGCUAACUCAACGAUCCGGGUGCAGUUUUACUCUUUUCGCAAUUUUGGACAUCCAUUUUACAUUAAAAAAUGCGUGAGUGUAUUUCGGUUCAUGUUGGACAAGCUGGAGUCCAGAUCGGCAACGCCUGCUGGGAAUUGUACUGCCUGGAACAUGGCAUCCAGCCUGAUGGCCAGAUGCCAUCUGACAAAACCAUCGGCGGAGGGGAUGACAGCUUUAAUACUUUCUUUAGUGAAACUGGGGCGGGGAAACAUGUACCUAGAGCAGUUUUCAUUGACUUGGAACCUACAGUAGUUGACGAAGUACGAACCGGCACCUACCGUCAACUGUUUCAUCCGGAACAACUGAUCACUGGAAAAGAGGACGCAGCCAAUAACUAUGCCCGUGGUCACUACACGAUUGGAAAGGAGAUCGUUGAUCUCGUACUGGACAGAAUUCGAAAAUUGGCUGACCAGUGCACGGGUCUUCAAGGUUUCCUCAUCUUCCACUCCUUCGGAGGUGGUACCGGUUCCGGAUUCACUUCCCUGUUAAUGGAACGCCUGUCCGUCGACUAUGGCAAAAAAUCAAAGCUGGAAUUCGCCAUUUACCCCGCCCCGCAAGUUUCCACCGCUGUUGUCGAACCGUACAACUCUAUCCUUACCACGCACACCACUCUCGAACAUUCCGAUUGCGCGUUUAUGGUCGAUAACGAAGCCAUAUACGAUAUCUGCCGCCGCAACUUGGACAUCGAAAGACCAACAUACACAAACUUGAACAGACUGAUUGGCCAAAUUGUUUCCUCUAUUACUGCGUCGCUGCGAUUCGACGGCGCAUUAAACGUCGAUCUGACCGAGUUCCAAACGAACUUGGUGCCGUAUCCAAGAAUCCACUUCCCGUUGGUUACGUACGCGCCGGUCAUCUCCGCGGAGAAGGCAUACCAUGAGCAACUCUCUGUAUCAGAGAUAACUAACGCCUGCUUCGAGCCGGCAAACCAGAUGGUCAAAUGCGAUCCGAGACAUGGAAAGUACAUGGCCUGCUGCAUGCUGUACAGAGGCGAUGUCGUACCGAAGGAUGUGAACGCGGCGAUCGCCACUAUCAAAACUAAACGUACCAUCCAGUUCGUCGACUGGUGCCCGACCGGGUUCAAGGUCGGCAUCAACUACCAGCCACCGACUGUAGUUCCUGGUGGUGACCUCGCUAAGGUGCAGCGUGCUGUUUGCAUGUUGUCUAACACGACCGCCAUCGCGGAGGCUUGGGCCCGUCUCGACCACAAAUUCGACUUGAUGUACGCGAAACGCGCAUUCGUUCACUGGUACGUCGGCGAAGGUAUGGAAGAGGGUGAAUUCUCCGAGGCGCGCGAGGAUCUCGCAGCCCUCGAGAAGGACUACGAGGAAGUCGGCAUGGAUUCUGCCGAGGGCGAGGGAGAGGGCGCCGAAGAGUAUUAAAUAGCACGAGUGCUACGACUGUUUUAAUACGUUUUGUUUUUCUUCCUCUUUUUUUGUAAUAAAAAUUGGGCAAAUUGUCAUUGA